UUGCUCGAUUUGGACGGAUCGAUCUCAUAAGGUAUCUCUGCAAAUUUGAGAACUCUAAUCUAGAUCUAAGACGAAGAUUGAGAUGGCGACCAGUUGCUAUAGUGGCUGAGGAGCAGCAAUUGAUGCCUUGAUGGUGGUGAGUUGAAUCGGAAGGAAGGUCCCUCAAGCCGAUGGAGAAGCUGGAGAACGAGAAGACUUUUUUUUUGAAAAAAGGACGAGAAGACUGUGGUGACAGACGAGUGGAGGGGAUUUAGCUAGGGGUAGUUUUGGAAAGUCAAGGUUAUUUUCAUUCCACAUAAAUUUGCGCACCAAGUCAAAGCCGGAAGAUAAAUUGUGGACGGAGGGAGUAUUACAAGCAUUAGUAUUAUCCCCAAUAGUAACUGUGUCAAAGUUAAAAACAACAUGUGUUCGAUCCCGUGCGUUGCACGAACUCCCUUUUCAUGGAGAUGCCAGUAGCAAAACCUUGUGUUCACACCAUAUUACUCUGAGACUGUCCUGUUCAGCAUGAUAUGUCUGAACUCCUUAGAAGAAAUGAAGACGGGAUCUUUGCUUUGUUUUACCUACAAAAGAUAUAUCCAGGAUUAAGUUCCCAUCUAUCAAGAUAUAAUACCCCGAUAUGGCCCCUAACAUGAUCGUAGUAUGCCACAAUAUUGCCAUGACCUUAUCUUCAUAGAGUAAUCUUUGCCCUAAUGUGUUUUUGAUAUACAUAAAACUCGUAUAGUAGCAUGCGAAUGAUCAUUACAUUGUUUGUUAAGGAAUUGACUGCUUAUUUAAUGGUAAAUGAAAUGUGCAUGCUCAAGUGAUUGUGAGAUAAUUCAAUUUUUCGAUGGCAGUUGUAUUUCUCUACUCUAUGAGCAACUCUAUACCGGAAGGAAUUAAACAUUCAGAUCCAUAGAUGAGUGGAGAAACUUCCUUACUCGGAUUGGCCGUGAUGAAAACACAUCAGAAUCAGAUCUUAGUAAUAAUCCCAAUGAUAUUCUUGAAUUGCGUUUUUGAGCUUCAUACAAAGGGCAAACAUUGGCUAGGACUGUGUGUGGAAUGAUGUACUACCGAAAAGCUCUCAUGCUUCAAGCAUAUUUGGAAAGGGUGGCAGCUCAAGAUUCUGAGGCUGUAAUUUCACCGAGCAAAGCAAAUGAUACCCAAGGUUUUGAGUUGUCUCUUGAAGCAAGAGCUCAAGUAGAUCUCAAAUUUACCUAUGUAGUUACCUGCCAAAUAUAUGGGAAACAGAAAGAGAAUCAAAAGCCUGAGGCUGCGGAUAUUGCAUUACUAAUGCAAAGAAAUGAAGCACUUCGAGUUGCUUUCAUUGAUGAGGUUGAGACAUUGAUUGAAGGUAAAGUGCACGAAGAAUACUUCUCAAAACUUGUGAAGGCUGACAUCAAUGGGAAAGAUAUGAAGAACUUGCAAGGUGCGUUACUUUGCCACUCUAUGCAUGGUUUUUAUGUUGUCCACUAUUCGACCUUGGAAAGGGGUGACCGGAAAUCAUUACCGGAAAUAUAUUCUGUGAAAUUGCCUGGAAAUCCAAAGCUUGGUGAAGGGAAACCUGAAAAUCAAAAUCAUGCUAUUAUAUUUACACAGACGCCGACCGCAGACGCUGAUCGGAGUCGCCGUCUAGAGACGCCGCUGGGUUGCCGCCGACGUCCCCCUCUUCUUCCUCGGUCGCGCGCAGCAGGCCGGGAAUACCAAACGGGGCUGUUUGGUCUGGCUUUGGAUUUGGGCAGCCGGGGCGGCUACCGGUGGGGUGCCGGGGUUGUUCCGGCGACUAUGGGGACUGCUCCGGCGGGGGCNGGGUCUGAGGAUCGAUUCUUUGGGCUCGAUUCCGCGCAGGGAACAAUCACUUUGGACGAUAACUUGUCUUAUGAGGAGGAGCCUAUCCUAGCACGGGAGGUGAAGCAGUUGAGAAAUAAGCGGGUGCCUUUGGUCGAGGUCCUGUGGCGCAACUAUGCCGUUGAAGAAGCCACGUGGGAGACUGGGGAUUCUAUGAGAACUCGAUAUUGUCACCUUUCCGACGACAAUGAUUCAGGUAUAUUUUCACUCAGCGUUUCGCUGAGCGUGUAGUCGUUGUUGUUUGACUGCACGCAGGUAGGAACACAGAUUCAGAUGGGCAACCCGGAGGGCAGUGAAGUGUUGGUGUGGCGUGGAUGGCUCUUGUUACUUUAAUAAGUAAACUACGGAGUACAUUAUUUUAUUUGAUUAUAUGAACUGUUGGACGUUACCUUGAUUUUCUUAUGCUUUCGCGACGUUUGGAUUUAUUUAAUUAUUCUGAUGAAUUUGGGUCUAGUUAAAACUCUACGGACGAAUUUUAUAAUUGAUUUAAUUGUUAGUUUAGAAAAGAAAAGUUAUGCAUGCGAAUAUCAACUUAGUGACAACCCGGUUCGCUAACCCGUUGGUUCGGGUUACGCGUGUUGGGGUGUUACAACUAUUCUUGGUGUUAAGGAGCAUGUGUUUACUGGAAGUGUUUCUUCUUUAGCAUCCUUCAUGUCUAAUCAGGAAUCUAGCUUUGUGACUCUUAGCCAACGUGUUCUAGCAAAUCCUUUGAAGGUUCGCAUGCAUUAUGGUCAUCCAGAUGUCUUUGAUAGACUAUUCCAUAUAACUAGGGGUGGUAUCAGCAAAGCAUCUCGCGUCAUAAAUAUUAGUGAAGAUAUUUUUUCUGGAUUCAAUUCAACUUUGUGCCAGGACAAUGUUACUCACCACGAAUACCUCCAGGUUGGCAAGGGACGAGAUGUUGGACUCAAUCAGAUUGCUUUGUUUGAGGGGAAAGUUGCAGGUGGUAACAGGG